AUGUCGGAGAUCCCGUCAUCAAGCCGCGCCGAUGAGGUGCAAAAUCUCUUGAAAGCCGUCGAAGAUCUCCUCAUUCCCUUUAUCCGAGCUGCCGACGAGCCGACAGUCAUCCCGCAAAAAAUUGGUACCAACGGCACCAAUGGCACCAAUGGUACGAACGGUGCAAACGGGCACUCAUAUGGAGCAUCUCUGGUUGACUAUCGAAAGCCUGAGGAGCUCCGAGAUAUCCUUCAACUCGAGAUCCCAGAAAAAGGUCGACAGCAAGACGGUCUGAUCGAAGUGUUGCAGAAGGUCCUGAAAUACUCGGUCAACACCUGGCACCAGGGAUUUUUGGACAAGCUAUAUGCCUCGACAAAUGCCCCCCGGUUCUCGCCCGCGCUGACGGUCGUCGAGAAAUAUACCAGUCAGCGACUCGCGACUCUUUUCGGAUUGAACGGACCACGCGCUGGUGGAAUCUCGGUGCAGGGUGGCUCGGCUUCUAAUACUACAUCCAUCGUUAUUGCACGCAACAAUCUCUAUCCUAGCACCAAGGAGGACGGUAACGGCGGUUACAAGUUCGUGCUGUUCACCAGCGCCCAUGGCCAUUACAGUGUGGAGAAGGCCGCACAGAUGCUUGGAUUUGGAAGCCGAGCUGUCUGGGCUGUGCCGAUCGACAAGUAUGGCCGCAUGAUUCCUGCAGAAUUGGAGAAGCUGGUUCAGAAGGCUCAAAGUGAGGGACGAACCCCAUUCUAUGUGAAUGCAACAGCUGGAACGACAGUAAUGGGUUCUUUUGAUCCAUUUGAGGAAAUUGCAGCAAUCUGUCAAAAGUAUAACUUAUGGUUCCAUAUUGACGGGUCUUGGGGUGGCUCGUUUGUUUUCUCACAGCGACAGAGGUAUAAGCUGGCUGGCUCCGAGAAAGCAAACAGUAUUGCGAUCAACCCACACAAAAUGCUCGGAGUUCCGGUGACAUGUUCGUUCCUUCUGGCAUCCGAUAUGCGCCAGUUUCAUAAAGCAAACACGCUUCCCGCGGGAUACCUCUUCCACAAUGCGGAUACCGAAGCCACCGCAAAUGGGAAUGGGCACGACGCGGAAUUAGAUGUGGACUCCCCCGAAGUCUGGGACUUGGCAGACCUAACUUUGCAGUGUGGUCGUCGUGCCGAUUCUUUGAAGCUAUUCCUGGGCUGGACAUACUACGGAUCCGAAGGCUAUGAGCAGCAAAUUGAUACUGCUUGCGAUAUUGCCGCUCACCUGGCAAACCUUGUCUCGAAGAACCCGAACUUCAUUCUCGUCAGCGAGAAUGCGCCGCCGUGCUUGCAAGUUUGUUUCUACUAUGCUCCUGGCAAGAAGUUCGUAUACUCGCGGGAAUCAGACAUCGUUUCGAACGAAGAGCUGCGGGGCAAGAAUAACAGUAAGGUCACCGAGCAGAUUACACACGCCAUUGUCCCCAAGGGCUUCAUGGUGGAUUUCGCGCCUCCUAGUGGGGACGAGAAUGCUGUUGGAAGUGGCAAGUUCUUCCGAUGCGUCGUCAAUGUCACCACCAGCAAAGAGACGGUGGAGUCUCUCGUACGUGCCAUUGAGGAAGUUGGGCAAGGUAUUGUCGAGUCCUUGAAGGUGACUACGCCAGUUGUUCCUCUGAAGCGACUGGUUGAACAUGGACAUGGGCCUGUUGUUCACCACACUUGA